CCUAACCUUUCUCCCCAAAAAGGACGCGAAAGGCUAAGCUCGGAAUCUGGUGGUAGAACCUCCAGGUGUAAAGGGCGUGGGGCUGUAAUGUCUUAAAGGGUUUUGUGAAGAGUGGAGCCCUUUGGAAGGGUUUCCUGGAGAAGGUGACUUCCACACUAGUCUGAGACAGCCCGCCCCAGGGCCAAGCUGCAGAGGCACAGUAUUUCAGAUUUGGGAUCAUGGAACUUUAUAAACUCGUGACAAAGGAAGUACUAAAACAAGAACAUUUACCCAAGGUUCUUCAGAGAAAUGACCCCCAGCGGGUCACUGAUAGAACGUUUUUCAUGGAUGGUUCCAAUCAGAGUUUGAAAACCAUCCCGCCAGACAUUUUGGCAUUAAAGGAAUUAGAAGAACUGCAUCUGGAGAACAAUCAGAUUGAAGAGAUUCCCCAGGGCAUCCAGCAUUUAAAGAAUGUCAGGGUCCUCUACCUGCACAAGAACAACCUGCAGAGUCUGUGCCCGCAGCUGGGGGAGCUCAGCAGCCUGGAGUCUCUGGACCUGAGCUGCAACCCGCUGUUCUAUUGCUCGCUGCCAGUACUCAGCUGCCUCCGCACCCUCCGGGAGCUGCGGCUCUACCGCACCGGCCUGAGAGAGGUUCCCACCGUGAUCUGCAAAUCCCUGCACCACCUGGAGCUCUUUGGACUGUCAGAGAACCACUUGGACUCACUGCCCAAGGAAAUCGUGAACCAGACCAAGCUCAGGGAGAUCUACUUGAAAAAGAAUCAGUUUUCGGUUUUCCCUUCCGACCUCUGUGUACUCUUGAACCUGGAAGUGAUCGAUCUAGACCACAACAAACUGAAGGCCAUCCCGGAGGAAAUCGGGCAGCUGAGGAGGCUGCAGAAGUUGUACGUGGCGUUUAACAACCUGCCCCUUCUACCCGAGUCUCUGAGCCAGUGCAGCAAGCUGUCGGUGCUGGAUUUGACCCAAAACCUCCUCCGCUCCCUCCCGGCCACCAUGGAGCAGCUCUCGGAGCUCACCGAGGUCGGGCUGAGCGACAACCGCCUGGAUAAGGUGCCGCGCCUCCUGUGCCGCUGGGUGUCGCUGCAGCUGCUGUACCUGCGCAACACCGGCCUGCGCGCGCUGCGGCGCUCCUUCAAACGCCUGGUCAACCUGCGCUUCCUGGAUCUCAGUCAGAACCACAUAGACCACUUUCCCUUGCAGAUCUGCACGCUCAAGAACCUGGAGAUGCUGGCGCUGGACGAUAACAAAGUGGGACAGUUACCACCGACUGUGAGCUCACUUAUAAAACUGAAGACUCUUGGACUCACAGGAAAUGACUUUUUAUCCUUCCCAGAGGAAAUCUUUUCCUUAGUGUCUCUGGAGAAAUUAUACAUUGGACAAGACCAGGGAUUCAAGUUCUCCAGUGUGCCAGAAAACAUCAAGAAAUUGCAGAAUCUUAAAGAACUAUACAUAGAAAACAACUUUCUGGAGUCCCUGCCUUCAUCCUUGGGGUCAAUGUCAAACCUGGAAGUUCUUGAUUGUCGGCAUAAUCUUCUUAAGCAACUCCCAGAUGCCAUUUGCCAUCUUCAAGAUUUGAGAGAGCUACUGCUGGAGGACAACUUACUCAGCCGCCUCCCGGAUAGCCUUGAUCAUCUGGUGAAACUUAAAGUCCUAACACUAAUGAACAAUCCCAUGAAAGACCCUCCAAUGGAAGUGUGUGUCAAAGGCAAUGAAGCCAUAUGGAAAUACUUGAAGGAAAACAGGAUUAGGAAAAUAAUGGCCACAAAGGUAGACUCAGUACAGAUUCUUUAUAUUUUUAUUUGUAAAUUUUUAUUCUUGGACAACUUUUUGUGUGUAUAUGAUGCAUCUUGAUAACACUUGCACCUUAUUCCCCUCAACCCUGAGCUCAGACCUCCCUCAACCUGUCCUCCUUCAUGUCCCUCCUCUUCAUGCCUGCCCUUUUUAAUAACUCACCAAAGCCAGUUAAUGUUGGCUGCAUGCCCAUGAAUGUGGGGCAGACACUAGAGCAUGGGAACCCUACCAGCAGUCACACCCUUAAGAAAAUUGAUUCCUCCAGAAGCCCUCAACUGCCAAUAACCCUUCAGCAAGGGAUGGGGCCUCAUGAGCCUGUCCGUGAUGAAUUGUUGGUGGCUUGAUUGUGUGUAGGCAUCCACAGCUGCUGUGCGUUAAUGACUGUGAUGGCCAUGUUGUGUUUAGAGGGUGACUCCCCCUCCUGGGAUCUUAUAUUCUUUUCUCUUCUGUGAUGUUUUCUGAGCUCAGGGACUAGGGAAUGAGCACUCACCACUUACAUAUUAUCAACUCUGACCAGUUCUGAUUCUCUGCACUGACUGCCACUCACUGCUGUAAGAGGCUUCUCCAAAGAAGGCUGGGUGCAACACUAGCCCAUGGAUAAUAGUCAGUUUCCUGAUGGGCCCUGCCCAACCUGUCGAACAGUCCAGAAUAAAAGAGUGAGGCUUGAGAAAUAAUAAAUAGGAAAAACAGAGACAUAGACAUAAAAGAAAAAG